AUGGUAAAAGUAAGUACAAUUCUUAGUACCCUUGACAAUUGCAAGAAAGAAAUUCCUAUCAAGGAUAACUCUGAAGUUAAAGACAUCAUUAAAUCUUUGAUAGAAAUGGACAGUCAAUAUAAAGAUUUCAUUUUUAAAGUUUAUCGGGAUGGAUUAAUCAUCAGCGAUGACGAGAAAAUACUAAACCCAGAUCACCCAUACAUAAUAGCUAUACUGAUUCCUCUAAUAAUCAAUAUUGACGGUCAAGAUGUACAGAUUUUAAUGAAAGCAACUGACAUAUGCAAGUCAAUUAUCAAUGCUAUCAAAUAUGCAAACCCAGUGUUGAUACAUCAUAAAAUAAGCGUUUUCUUUCAAGGUCAAGAAAUAGAUUAUAACCAAAAAAUUGUAGAUCUAAUGAAGCCAUAUUCCAAACUUACAAUGACCUCAUUGUAUCAAGAGCUCCAGUCACCAAUGGAGCGGCUCGCCAAUUUAGGGUUUGAUAAAAUCAGUAGUCGGAUAGCACUUCUUGUAACGCAAGAUAAUUUCGAAGAAGCAGAAAAAGAACUUAAGAACGGGAAUAUUGCAAAAAUUAUAGAUGAAGCAUCUUCACCAAAUUUACCAAUUGAUCAACAAUCUCCUACACUAAUUGCUGUGAGGAUUGCCCUUAAUCCGGAUAGCUUGUUUGAUGUUGUUGAAGAGUUCUACAAGAUAUUAGGCGAUAAAUCAAUUUUCCGUAAACUUCCAGAGUUUAUUCAGAUGGAUCCUAUUCUUAGGAAGCUAGAUCUCGAUCUCGAAAAAAUUUACAUUUUAGGAGUAAUACGAAAAUACAUUAAGCCAGGAGAUUACGGAAAUCUUGUAACUCCUCGACAAGAUUUCAAUUGGAUAUAUUCAUUCUUCACAAAAUUACAAAAAUCCAAUGCAAUAAUUAUGAACAUACCAUCAGUAAUGCGCUUAUUACUCCCAGAUGUUAAUAUGCCCGACGAAUUAAUUAACAGAUUAAUCAGCAAAGGAAAAGAAGAUGGAAUUGUGGAUCAAAAUAGUGGAGAAAUAACACUGUUUGAUGACUAUAAUGACGAGCUCCAAAAUGAAUUAACUGAUGAUGAAAUAGAAACAGCAAAGACAUACUUCGCUGUUUUAGUGGAAUCCUACGCAAACUCAGGUGAUAUGAAAGCACUGGAUGAGUUGGAUGACUUUUUCGGCGAGUACGAUUUCGAGCCAGAGUAUAUUGAACAAGUAAAGGAGUUAAUAGACCAAUACGACAUCAGAGACAUACCAAUAAACGAUUUGAAGUAUAUAACUGAACAUGCACCGCAAGGUAAUGUAGCUCAAGCCCUCGAUAUUUAUCUUGCGCAUAAUAGAGAUCCACAUUCAAUAGAUGAAUUAGAAUAA